AUGUCCUCCACACAAAAGCUGCCCCUCCUCACCAUCGACGACGUCGCCGGCCACAACCGCCCAGACGACCUCUGGCUCGUCGUCGACACUGUCGUCUACGACCUGACCGAGUUCGCCGAGCACCACCCGGGCGGCACCGAGGUCCUGCUCCGCUUCGCCGGCCGUGAUGCCACCCGCGUCUACAGCCGCAUCCACGCGCCGUCUCUCAUUUCGUCGGAACUUGCGCCCGAAAAACACGUCGGCCGGCUCGACGAGGCCUCGAUUACGCCCCAGUGGCGGGCCGCGGCCAUUGAAUCCGAUGCCGAUGCCGACGCCGGGCAGCGCGAGGCGGACCGCCCGCCGCUCGAGGACAUUUUGAGCUUGGACGAUUUUGCCCGGGCGGCCGAGCGCGCCCUGUCCAGCCGGGCCUGGGCGUACAUCUCGACGGGCACCGAGGACAAUCUGACGCGCGACGCCAACACGGCGCUGCUGCGGCGCAUCUGGCUGCGGCCGGCCGUGCUGCGCGGCGUCGGGUGGGACAAGAUGGACCUGCGGACGUCGCUGUUUGGCGGCCGCGUGCCACUGCGGAUGCCCGCCUUUGUCGCGCCGACGGGCACGUCGCGGACCGGCGGCAAAGAGGGCGAGCUGGCCAUUGCGCGCGGGGCGGCGGCGGCAGGGAUCAUCCCCGUGAUCUCGACGGUCGCGUCGUACCCCUACGAGGAGAUUCUGCAGCAGCUGCCGCGCGCCGAGGACGGCGGCCAGGCCAUGUUCCAGCUGUACGUGGACCGCGACCGGGCCCGGGCCGAGGCGCUGCUGCACAAGCUGCUGGGUGGGCCCCACGGGCGCAAGAUCAAGGCCGUCAUGGUCACCGUCGACCUGCCCGUGGCCUCCAAGCGGGAGGUCGACGAGCGCGCGCGUUCGCGUGCGGCACGCCAGCGCGGCGAAGCGGUGGUCACGGGCGCCAAGCAGAACCUCGCCAAGCAGACGGCCUCGUUUAUUGAUGCGUCCUUUCGCUGGGAGGACCUGCACUGGCUGCGUGCCACCGUCGAUGCUGCCACCAGCCACAACGGCUUGGCAGAGCCCCUGCCUCUCUUGGCCAAGGGCAUCCAGCGCGCCGAGGAUGCCCGCAAGGCCCUCGAGUACGGCUGCCAGGGCAUCGUCAUCACCAACCACGGCGGUCGUGCCGCCGAUACCGCCCCGCCCACCAUUCUCGCCCUCCUCGAGUUCCACAAGAACUGCCCCGAGAUCUUUGGCCGCAUGGAGAUUUUGAUUGACGGCGGCUUCCGGCGCGGAUCGGACCUUAUCAAGGCCAUCUGCUUGGGCGCAUCGGCCGUGGGAUUCGGCCGUCCGUUCAUUUACUCUGUCGGCUAUGGGCAGGCCGGCGUCGAGCAUGCGGCCGACAUUAUCUACGAUGAAAUAAUGACCACCAUGCAGCUGUGCGGCCUGACCAACCUGAUGAAGGACUCCAAUCCCGAGUGUGUCAAUACGGGCGACAUUGACCAUAUGGUGCCUGGCCUCCGCCAUCCCUACGCCAAGAAGCCUGUGUGGCCAGCGAAGCUGUGA